AUGUCAGUGCCACCUCAAGCAUUUGUAAAUAAAAAUAAAAAACAUUUUUUAGGAAUUCCGGCACCACUAGGUUAUGUAGCUGGAGUUGGUAGAGGUGCUACUGGGUUUACCACACGAUCUGAUAUUGGCCCUGCCAGAGACGCUAAUGAUGUAUCUGACGACCGCCAUGCUCCACCUGCAGCUAAGCGUAAAAAAACUGAAGAAGAAGAUGAUGAUGAAGACCUUAAUGAUUCCAAUUACGACGAAUUCUCAGGAUAUAGUGGUUCUUUGUUUUCAAAGGAUCCUUAUGAUAAAGAUGAUGCAGAAGCUGACGCCAUUUAUGAAUCUAUUGACAAAAGAAUGGAUGAGAAAAGAAAAGAAUAUAGGGAAAAAAGACUUAAAGAAGACUUAGAAAGAUAUCGUCAAGAAAGACCUAAAAUACAACAACAAUUCUCGGAUUUGAAGAGAGAACUAAAAAUGGUAUCUGAAGAUGAAUGGGCAGCCAUACCAGAAGUGGGAGAUGCAAGAAACAGAAAACAACGCAAUCCCAGGGCUGAGAGAUUCACACCCUUACCAGAUAGUGUUCUAUCUAGAAAUCUUGGGGGAGAAUCAUCGUCAACUAUUGAUCCAAGCUCUGGAUUAGCUUCCAUGAUGCCAGGUGUUAUGACUCCUGGAAUGUUAACACCUUCAGGUGAUUUGGAUCUUAGGAAGAUAGGUCAAGCAAGAAACACACUAAUGACAGUCAAACUGUCUCAAGUCUCCGAUUCAGUAACAGGACAAACUGUAGUUGAUCCUAAAGGCUAUCUAACAGAUCUUCAAUCUAUGAUACCGACAUACGGUGGUGACAUAAAUGAUAUUAAGAAAGCCAGACUGCUUUUGAAAUCUGUGCGUGAAACUAAUCCUAAUCAUCCCCCAGCUUGGAUUGCUAGUGCUCGGUUAGAAGAAGUUACAGGCAAAGUCCAAUCAGCUCGUAAUCUAAUAAUGAAAGGCUGUGAAGUGAACCCGAGUAGUGAGGAGUUAUGGCUAGAGGCAGCCCGCCUCCAGCCGCCGGACACGGCGCGGGCAGUGAUCGCUCACGCGGCACGGAACCUGCCCCAUAGCGUCAGGAUAUGGGUGAAGGCAGCGGAUUUGGAACAAGAGACCAAGGCAAAACGUCGUGUAUACCGGAAGGCCUUAGAACACAUACCCAACUCAGUCCGUCUAUGGAAAGCCGCAGUGGAAUUGGAAAACCCAGAAGAUGCCAGAAUACUCCUUUCCAGAGCAGUGGAAUGUUGUCCGACGAGUGUAGAGCUUUGGCUAGCUUUAGCGAGACUGGAAACAUACGAAAAUGCCAGGAAAGUUCUGAAUAAGGCCCGAGAGAAUAUACCAACAGACAGACAGAUUUGGGUCACGGCUGCUAAACUGGAGGAAGCUCAUGGUAAUACACACAUGGUGGAGAAGAUAAUAGAUCGUGCGAUCACCUCGCUCAGUGCCAACGGCGUUGAGAUAAAUCGCGAGCACUGGUUCAAGGAGGCAAUGGAAGCUGAGAAAUCUGGCGCCGUACAUACUUGUCAGGCUAUCAUUCGGGCUGUGAUUGGAAACGGCAUUGAACCCGAAGACCAAAAACACACGUGGAUGGAAGAUGCUGAAGCCUGCGCGUCGGAGGGCGCGUACGAGUGCGCACGCGCGGUGUACGGGUACGCGCUAUCGGUGUUCCCGUCCAAGAAGUCCAUCUGGCUGCGCGCCGCGUACCUGGAGAAGCAGCGCGGCACGCGCGCGUCGCUCGAGGCGCUGCUUCAGCGCGCCGUCGCGCACUGCCCCAAGAGUGAGGUGCUCUGGCUCAUGGGCGCCAAGUCCAAGUGGCUCGCUGGCGAUGUUCCAGCAGCGAGAGGUAUCCUAUCUCUAGCGUUUCAAGCCAAUCCCAAUUCUGAGGAGAUUUGGUUAGCGGCUGUGAAGUUGGAGAGUGAGAAUAAAGAGUAUGAUAGAGCGAGGCGGUUGCUCGCUAAAGCCAGGGCUUCUGCGCCUACUCCGAGGGUUAUGAUAAAAUCAGCAAAAUUGGAAUGGGCAUUGAAUAACUUGGACGUAGCGUUGAAUUUAUUAGAGGAAGCCAUCAAAGUAUUCGGAGACUACGCCAAACUGCAUAUGAUGAAAGGGCAGAUCGAGGAGCAAAUGGGCAAGAACGAUGAAGCCUACAACACUUACUCGCUAGGUCUGAAGAAGUGUGCGACAUGUGUGCCGAUGUGGAUCCUGCUGUCCAGGCUCGAGGAGAAACUGAAGCACGUGACCAAAGCGAGAUCAGUUCUAGAGAAGGCUAGGUUGAGGAAUCCGAAGAAUGCAGAGCUCUGGCUGGAGAGCGUGCGGCUGGAGCGGCGCGCGGGCUGCGGCGAGGCGGCGGGCGCGCUGCUGGCCAAGGCGCUGCAGGAGUGCCCCGCGGCCGGCCGGCUGUGGGCCGACGCCAUAUUCAUGGAGGCGCGCCCGCAGAGGAAGACUAAGAGCGUGGAUGCACUAAAGAAGUGUGAGCACGACGCGCACGUGCUGCUCGCCGUCUCGCAGCUGUUCUGGACUGAGAGAAAACUGAAUAAAUGUCGCGAAUGGUUUAACAGAACAGUGAAAAUCGACCCCGAUCUAGGCGAUGCGUGGGCGUUCUUCUACAAAUUCGAACUCCUCAACGGCAAUGAGCAGCAACAAGAGGAUGUGAAGUCCCGCUGCAAGGCGGCCGAGCCCCACCACGGCGAACAUUGGUGCAAGGUGUCCAAGGAUAUCGCAAACUGGUGUUUCAGUACUGAACAGAUACUACUGUUGGUAGCCAAGAACUUGCCAGUACCAACG